AUUGUCUAUUGGACAUGAUCUACAGGGUGCAAUAUUUGUGUUGUUGCGUUACAAUAACCUCACAAUUAUGACUAACGAUCCUGACCCUUACCGAAUGUGGUGUGACCUUAAAGCCUACAUAGAUAAAAAGCCACCAGAUACCUGUUCUGCUGCAACACAUGAUGAGUAUUUUGUAGGAAUCCAGAGUAGCUUUGUUCAGUUAAUCACACGUUUCCCUCUCUUCACUGUUGAACAUAAAAUAGAGCUAGAAAUGUGGAAUGUUCUGUAUAAAACUCAAAUUAACUCACUACAGUCGUUGUUAAACCAACGUUUAUCCGGUACCGGAAACAGUGGAUCUCUUAAAUGUUCUACUAUGGAGCUCAAACUUCGAUUGGUUUUAUUGUUAGAUCGUGCUUCAGGCAUCUAUUUCAAUCUUAUCUACCAAUUACUUCAACCAAUUUCUGAACUUCCAUGGCCUAAAGUGGUAAGAAUGUCCUGGAUAUUGUAUCAUUUAUAACUAAAAGGUUAUCACUAAUUUUUAUGAAGAUCAGGGGUGUUGGAUGGUUACUUGCCGAUUUCGACUACUCGUAAAUCCACGUUUUAUCUCUAUUUAUUGUCAGUAAUUGAAACGAAACCGACCAAGAGCAGUUAUCGUGACAUAUUGGAAGGUUUUAGUUAUCGCAGCGACCCAUUUGAACGACACUAAAGAACAAGAUCUCCUUGGAGUUCUAUCGUAGCAGCAAUGCCGCUCGAAGGCGGUAGAACUAAAAAAUUUAAUGUCACAACAUAGAUUUGAGUUUCUCUUUGAUGUCCUAGUGAAAAUUCUUGCUACUCGUCGAACGAAAUUGUGACGUAUUAAAAUAAAUAUAAAUAAAAAAUUAAUUAUUUGAACACAUAGAUAUUGGUACAAAGAGGCACCAAAUACAUAUGUGCCACUCAAAUCUCAUUCGAUUUGUGUGAGGGCUAUGAUACUGCCUGGGUGCCCAAACCGAAGCAGGUAGUUUUCUUAGGGGGCCACGCCCGGAGCCUUCGACUUACAGGUCUGAUCCACAAGGCAGUGGAGCAUCAAAAGGAGAUGCAGUCCCAUAAUAGCCGGUGACCAACGUUCGGUUCAUACGCCAUUUGUUCCUUCAGGAUACUGGGUCCCAUAUACACCAUUGGUUUGAAUCAGGCUUUUCCAACUCGCCUAGGAGGUUUCUCCAUAUCCACCAACCCGGUUAAAGCACAGGACAUUCGUUUUUCGUCCUCUCACUUUCGUAAACAUCAGUAUUGCCACGGGAAGGCAGUGAGUAGGACUUCGCUGGCAGAGGCUGUAUACGCGUGGCCACGUGAGAGCAUUUAGAAAGAGAGCGGACUCCCCACUCUCAGCCGUACCAGGGCAUUUGAUACUGGUCAGUGUAUCGUACUUUAUACCUUUGUGAUUUAUGUUGUAAACCAUUUAUUUGAGAACUAAUAGGAAUCCAGAUUUAGUGUUAUUUAAUCGAAAAAAUUUUCAUCUUGUUCACGAAGACUACAUGUACCGUACUAACUAGAUAUGUUAGCAGAAAGCUCAUUACCAACUUCUUUUCUUCGUCUAACCAUAAAUUGCUCAACAACGAUCCGUAGUGUGGCGAUUUGGUCUGUGUACGACCGAUCCUUACGGAAUCCGAUCUGUUGAUCUCGAAGCUGGACGUUUAUUAAAUCUUUCAUCCGGUUCAGCGACACUGUUGAAACUUCUGGUACCGACAGUAGUGUGAGGUCCUCGUAAUUCUCACACUUUCUCAGAUCUUUCUUCAAUAUCUCGAUGAGUUACCCUUCAUUCCAAUCUGUCGGUGGCAUUGUUCCUCGUUCAAAAUCUUCCUGAAUAGCAUGUGAAGCAUGUUUGCAGUUGUUUCUAUGUGUGACUUUAGUGCUUCGGCUGGUAUAUUGUCAGGUCCUACUGCUUUCCCACUCUUCACUUGUCUGAUAGCCGUGCUGAUUUCUUCCGUCGUUGGCGGAGUGACAUCUAUAGUAAGGUGUGUGUGUUGCUUCGAUGUCCGUUGGAUCCAAUGGAGCUGGACUAUUCAAGAGUUCCUCAAAAUGCUCUACCCAUCCUUCCACUGUUCUUGAAUCUCAACGAUUGACUUGUCUUCUUUGUCCUUGACCGCUCACUCUGGCUUACCGUAUUUCCUUUCCAGUAUCUUCGUUGUGUCAUAUAGUUGUCUCACAUUUCCUUCUCCUGCAGCUUUUUCCGCUGUCGCUGCUAUCUCUUCCACGUAUUUCUGCUUGUCAGCUCUAACGCUCUUCUUUACUUGUUUGUUUGUUUGUUUCUGUGUAUUCAGCUUGUGCCCUGACUUUCUCUCUCUGCUCCUUUUUGACUGCUGUUAAUUGCUGUCUUCUUGUUCUUCCUUUCUUGAAUCUUGUGUUUCGAUUGAAAUCCCUUCCUUACGAUGACGCUUGUUGUGGUUCAGCACCUGCUGAUACGUUGAAGGUAGCGCUUCCUUGAUCCCUUUCUACUUGUCUUCCAUCAUAGCUUCUUCCUUUUUGAGAUUUUGUAGGGCUGGGACUUGUUGUUCAGAGCUAUUUUGAAUUGGUUAAGUUUGUCAACAUGUCGAAGGAAGGCUUUGUUGAACCUUUGUACUGCCGUCUCCCCAGCUAUCCAGCAUUUUUUUCCAGCUUCGAUUUCACCUUGGCAAUCACCAGCGAGUGGUGUUCUGAAGCAACGUCAGCUCGUUUGCUGGUUCUCAAGUCUUCCAUUGACCUCCCGAAUUAUUUAUUGAUACAAAUAUGAUUUAUCUGGUUCUGUGUAUUGUGAUCCGGUGAGACCCACAUAAUUUGUUGUAUGCGUUUGUGUGGGAAUAUUGUGCCGCGUAUAACUAUUUCGAGAAUGCACAUAGAUUUGCAAAUCUCUCACCAUUCUCGUUCCUUUCUCCCAGUCAGUCCAUAUCGUCCCAUGAUAUCUUCAUACCGUUUGGGGUCCAUUCCAACGACCGGUUAGGUCUCAUCACGAUGGUCAAUUGCUUUCCUGAGCACUUCUCUAUGAUGACUGCAACCUCUCAUAAUACUGAUCUUUAUCAUCUUCGUUGCUGUUAUUGUUGGGUGCAUAACAUUGGAUAACAUUCAUUGUGAUUCCCUUUUCUGUUUUGAAAGAUGCUUUGAUGAUACUGGGUUCAUGAUAUUCCCAUUCCCUAGGUGCUUUGAGUAUCAUCAGUGCGCGAAGCUUCUUUUUCACGACCAGGGUAAAACAGCCUCUCUCUCAAAUGUAAUCUUUUCUGUCCAGCUUGUGUCCAAUGAGUUACGUCUAUAAUUAGCACUGUCAGGUUGUAUCUCCUCAUUUCCGCAGCUAUUUAACUGGUCCCUUCAAUCUCCUACACUGUCCGAACAUUCUUAUGUCUAUGUUAAUUGUUUAUCUGAUUGUCAGAAGGAAUAUCGACCUCGUAAUUUCCGAAGAAUCUCGAGUUUCACUAUAAGGCGUCACCAUUCUUCAAAAUGAACAUUGUUCAACUCCAAGGACAGAGUUUAAAUGGUUUACAUUUUUUUCUGGUUAGCGUUUCUUUAGCAAAAUUUCUUACUAUGGGAUGAGUUUGCUGACCACAUGCCCAACUUUCCUACUUUUUCCGGGCUUAGGACUGUUGGUAGCCCUAGAAGGGCUGCAAGCGGAGUUAUGAAUAGUGCUAAAUUUAUUCCAGAUCUUGUCAUCUUUUUUUUGAAACUCAUACACCUAUCGUUCAGGUAAUUAAUUACUGUCCCUAAUAACAGCACAUUUAAAGUAAGUAUGCCUUGUCAAAUAACUAUAAUUACGAGUGUACCGAUUUUAUAAGUGAACUUUUAGUUAAGGAAAUUUUUUCGCUGGAUCCUAUUUACUUUUUUAUUUGAUGAUACAGCAGAUUAAUUUAAAUAUGGUUUAAUUUUCCCAAAAAGCCUAUUAUCCAUAUCGGUUUCAACUAUUUUCUUUUGGUUAGCGUUUUUUUAGCGAGUUAGUUUCCUACGUUAUGGGGUCGCUAACCCCAUGCCUAAUCAUCCUCCUUCAUGAGGGCUUGAGACCGGCAGGAUCCCCGAGCGGGGUUAUCACUAAUAUUAAUUGUUAUUAUGCUCAUUCCGUUCGUCAUACGGUACCAUCUUGUCAACCCAUCACUGCUAUUUGUUUCCUCGUUUUGUUCUGUUUUCUGUCGACACAGAUACUGGGUAUCCUUGCGAGCGUCGACGGCAUGUUAGACUCAGAGAAUAAUAAGAAGGGGAAACAUGUUUCUGAUUACCUUGAUCUAGAUCUGGCAACUUUUUCCGCCAACAAAAUAUGCAGUAAAAGAAUGAAAGAUACUGAAUCAAACAAAUUUUUAUCAAUCACACAAGAAUCAGAUACAAAUGUUAUUGUACCACGUAUACUAUCUAGAGGUGAUCGACUUCCGUCAGAGAUUAUGACAGUUUCUUCAAGUGUAGAAAACAGUAAAAUCAGCGGCCAAGAUAUGAAAUACCCCGACGAAAUAGAAAACGAAAAAGAAAAAAUUAAUGUGAUUACUAACCAGAGUUCUAAUAUUCACUGUUUGGAUCAAGAAGCAGCUGUUAUUUACCUAGUACAUCACUGUUUAGUUCAUCUUGGAGAUAUUGCACGGUAUCGUCAACAGCCAAAUGUUGCCGCUGGUUAUUACCUUUGGUCUUGGGUUGUACACCCUGAUUCUGGUCAUUCCUUCAACCAGUUAGCUAUUUUAGAAGCAACUAAGCCUUUACCUAGAAGAUGUAUGGAUGCUUUAUUUUAUUACUAUAUACGUGCACUAGCAUGUCUACAUUCAUUUCCUGCUUCUAUGAAUAAUUUAUCUAAUGUGUUGUUGGACUAUUACAAGUCAUUUGAGUUAUCUUCUAUAUAUUCUAAUGAUAAUAAUAAUAAUCAUGAGAAACUACCUACUGAUUCAACGAGAGAUGUAAUAUUAAGUGCGAAACGCUGGCCAAAAUUUACCAAUCAACAAAUACGAACACUUAUACAGUUUUAUGCCGCACUCCAUUUGCAUACAGAUCCUGUCAAACUGAUAAAAAUGGCUGAUGAUCUUUUCGAAAAUAUGAACACUUGGAAUAGAGUAGAAUUGAACAAAAAUCAGUUGAUACGUAUAUUGUGUAUUCAUUUCUAUUUAACUGAUCAAUACUUAUCAGAUACGAAAUCAAAUCUAUCAUCAUUUCAAACAAUAGAUGGAAAACCUUUUAUACUGAAUGAAUAUCAAACGGGUACUGCUCUACUCUUAUGUUUAACGAUUUAUUUAAUUAAUUGGAUUACUUCAAGUAUAGUUGAUAUUACAUCGAAUACAGUAUCAUUAAAUAAACAAAUUUCAAGUACCAUAUCAAAUGAUGAAACAAUCACCAAUGUUAGUAACAACGACAAUGUCAACAAUGAUAAUAGUAAUAAUUCGAUCAAUAAGGAUGAGAAUUCCACCUUACUUGUUUCUUCGACUGCAAACAUUCAUACUACUUCUAAUGAUAAUAAUAAAAUUGACAUAGCAGCAUGUAAACUGGAAUUAUUAAUUUCAUUGAAUUUAUUAUUCCUCUGGUUUCGGUCAAAUCGCUUCACUGAGAUUAAUGCAGGGAAUAAAUCGUCUUAUCAACUGACGGAUAAAUUAUUUCAAUUAAUAACUCCUACAUUCACUGAAAAUACAGUGUACUUUUUAAACAAUUUACUUAAAUACUAUAAGCCGUUAUUACAUGAUGUCGAUAAUCAUAAUGGUGGGCAAAAACAACCUACUGAUAUACCUGUACAAUUAAACAACAAUAAUGAAAACACAAGUGAUAAUGUUAAUAGCAAAAUAAUCGAUGCUGACAUUGUUGAAGGAGAACGUGAAAAUUCCUUUCUCAUUGAGAAACAUGUCGAUCCUUGUGGUGAUGAUGUUAGCAACCGUGAGAGUGAAGUCCAUAACAUCACUCCCAUAGAUUGGAUUCGUUUAAUGAAGCUGCCUGAAAUGGUCGUACUACAAGGUUUUCAACCACUUCAUAUACCAACACAACGUUCAUUAUGCAGUUCAUCAACAGAUUACAAUCCUGUACAUCCAUUCCUUCUUGAUUUCUCCAAUGAUAAACUAGAUGAAUUAAAAAUUUUAAACAAUGAAAAUAUGCAUGAAACUAGUGUUCCAAAGCCCAAAGAAGUUGGAUUGGAACGUGUCCUGUGCCUGUUAACAUCUGCUCGAUAUGUAGCUCUAAUGUUCCCAUCCCUAGUAAAUUGGAUUCCGAACUCUAGAGAUAAAAAUCCAGAUUCCACAGAAACAACUGUCUGGUUUGGUUCAUUCUGUUACAAAAGUCAUUCCUCAAGCAGUUUAAAAGACAUGUUCAGUGUACUUAACAAACCUACAACUAUUACUGCUAUUAAUAGCAAUAUUAAAGAGACUCAGUCAAAUAAAACAACUUCAAAUAGCUUUGAAGAGCUACGCAACACCGACACUAAUCCUGUGCAUUUUAACGCUGUGUUUAACAAUAAUGAACAAAUUAAUCCUGAAGAAUCUGACAUACAAAAAUCAGUAAACUUUGAUAUGUUAAAUCCUAAUCUACCUGAAUCGGCUCCUCCUUGUGGUAACGGCAAUCAACAAUUAUCUAAUAUCCCUGUAACUACCCAUUAUGAAACAAUAAAAACCAAUUCAAUAAAUAAUCAAACCACAGAAUCAUCAUCUCCCGAAGUAACUACGUCAAACGAUUUUGUAGUAUCGUCAACUACAUCAUCACUACCCUCCUCAUUACUAUCUCAUGUUGGGACCUCUGGUGGACUUAUCAUGAAUGCAGAGUUAGCUAAAUUUAUUCAAGAACAAGCCAGCCAGGUUGCAGCUAGACAACAACGAUUCAAUAUGUCUACUAAUUCCAUUAUUAAUGACGACCAACAACAACUGGAUUCCACCGGAGCAUCCAUACCCACUACUGCUUGUGGAAAUUCAGACGUCGGUUCCCUAAGAGGAAAUUUACCUAUGCUAGGAGGUGGAGUGGAAACAUCUUUAUCAAGAUUAAGUUUAAGCGCAACAUUCAAACGAAAUCUACCACCAAGAUAUGCUAAAUUAUUACAGGCAAAAGAAUUACAAGAAAAAGAGGCUUUAAAAAAUCGAUACAGUCACCAAACGCAGAAAGAGUUAAGCUCAUCACUACUACCACUUGAUAAACCUGCUCCUUUAGCACGUAAAGAGUCGGAAGCACCCACAGACCUUAUUUGUUUAUUAUCAUCAUCUGAUGUAAACCCAGUUGUACUACAACAUCUUCAUGAACAGCAUAUUCAACAACGGCCUCAAUGGUUUUAAAUUAAUUCCAUGAAAUUAAGAAGAGAAAAUUAAGUAAAUGACAAUGACAAUAUCAACAUCAAGAUCUGAUUGAAGAAAAAGAAAUAGUAGUGAUAGUAAGAGGAACAGAAAAUUCCAAUGAAUUUAUUUGGAAUGUCUUCAAGAUCAACAAUCCUGAGAUAUUAUUAUUAUUUUGCACUAUUCUCAAAAAACUAGUUCAAUACCAUUGUAUAAGUUUGUUGAUUCGUAUGUUUUGUCGUUUUAGAAAACAAUUAAAUACUAAACUGUAUAUUGUAAUAAGUUAAGAUAGAAUUGCUUGUUUUCUGUUUUGUUAUUUUGUACUGUAUCUUUUAGAAUAAUGAGAUUUAUUUCAAAUAUUGUUGAAAUUUGUAAAAGAAAAUUAACUAGGAUUGUGAAUGUAAAA